AUGGGAGUUCGUGUGUACGUUGAGCUUAAGAGAGAAAACAGAGUUUUGGGGAUGUAUCCAAUGUGCGUUAGUAUUCAUGAUUUUGAUGUUGAAGAUGAUGCAACUGGUAAUCGUAUUAUUGGAGAUGAUGUGCUGCAAAUUGGAUAUAGCGAGAAUCGGGAUGAUAAGGAAACUUUGAAAAUUGUGAUGACGAAAUAUGCAAUUCGUGAAAGAUUCAAUUUCAAAACAGAGAGAUCGAAUGCUAUAAGCUAUACUGCAGCAUGUUGGUCGCCGGAAUGUAAAUGGAAGUUCAGAGCGUCGAGAAUUGGGGAUUCUGAAAUGUUCAGGGUUAGAUUUUUCGAUGACGAACAUACAUGUCCGUUGAAGGACAAGGUGUAUUCGCAACGACAAGCAACAAGUUGGUUUAUUGGAGAAGCUAUUGUUAAGGCGAAAAUAACUAACCAUAAAAGGAAGGUCACACCUGGGGAUAUAAAAGACGAUGUCAAAAAUGAAUUCGGCGUAGAUGUUUCUUAUAUGAUGGCAUGGAGAGCUAGAGAGAAGGCUAUAAAAGAUUUCAGAGAAAAUGAGUUUAUGUAUUUGUUUGUAGCACUCAAAGCAUUCGUAAAGGGAUUCGAGUGUUGUAGACCAAUAGUUGUAGUGGAUGGUGCACACCUUAAAUCAACGUAUAAUGGUACAUUUGUGUCGGCAAGUACUUUGGAUGGAGCAGGUAAUAUCCUACCACUAGCGUAUGGUGUGAUAGAUUCUGAGAAUAAUAAGUCCUGGACGUGGUUCUUUGAACUGUUCAAGCAAGCUUAUGGUGUUAGGAAAAAUAUGUGUGUCGUGUCCGACAGACAUGAAAGCAUAAUACACGCAGUUUCUAAGGUGUAUCCUACUGUUCCUCAUUUGGCUUGUAUAUGGCAUUUGUGGAAAAAUGUGACAAAGCAAUACACAACAAACGGUGAGGUGUUGAGUCCUAUAUUUUAUUCACGGCGAAGGCAUACGGCAGAUGAGUUCGAUAAAUUGAUGGAGAAGAUUGGGAAUGUUGAUAUUCGGGUAAAACGAUACCUAAAAGAUCUGGAAGGGAUAAAUGAUCUAGGCUUUAUUCACCUGUUAACAGAGGAUGGACAAUGA